CUACUGGCUUUCAUUAGAAAAAAAAAGGAGGAGGAGGACUCUCUUUUUCAAGUGAACACAUUCGGAUUGUUAGCUUAGAGUGGAGAAUACCGAGGAUAAAAGAGGUACUGUUCCAAUUUGGGACGCGAGCGCGUGCCAGAACCUGCCUACCUGCCGGACCCGCGCGGCUUCAUGCUGUGUCACCGCAGCGACGUUUGAGUCUGUCGGCUGGUGUGCUGACCAGGUGUCGGCCGAAGAGUGCUGGGAUAAUGCCUUCUUUCUCAUGGAGGGUUUGGUCUGCGCUGGUUUUUGUCAUGCUGCCUCAGGCUGCAGAUGCAGAGGAGACGUCGCUGCUGGAUGGCUGGCACGAAAUUUGGCUCUUCCGCUUCGUCCUCAAUCUACUGGGAUACUCCACCAUCAUCGUCCCCGGCUACCUCCUCAUUAGCUACUUUAGGCGUACCAACUACCUAGAAAGAGGCAGUGGAGUCUGCUACCCGGUUGUAAAAGCUUGUGUGUUUGGCAGCGAAGACAAGACAAGCUUGCUGGAUUCCGCUUCCGCUUCCAGCCGGACCGAUGGGGAUUCAGGAUCCUCAUUCAAACAGGCCGUUAAAUUGAUCUUUUGUGCCGCCGGACUUCAGGCGUCGUACCUGACAUGGGGAGUCCUCCAGGAGAGAGUGAUGACUCGUUCCUACGGAGCCACGACUCCAGAGGAAGGAGAAGAGCGAUUCACAGACUCCCAGUUCUUGGUGUUCAUGAACCGCAUCCUUGCUCUGACCGUGGCGGGCGUGUGGUGCUUGAUGUUCAAGCAGCCUCGCCACGGCGCUCCCAUGUACAAGUAUUCCUUCGCUUCGCUCUCCAACAUCAUGAGCAGCUGGUGCCAGUACGAGGCCCUCAAGUUCAUCAGCUUCCCCACGCAAGUGCUGGCCAAAGCCUCUAAAGUCAUCCCCGUCAUGCUGAUGGGGAAGAUCGUCUCCCAGAAGAGUUACGAGUACUGGGAGUACUUCACCGCUCUGCUGAUCUCCGUAGGAGUCAGUAUGUUCCUCCUGUCCAGCUCGGAGGACAAGCAUCCGUCCACCGUCACCACCUUCAGCGGCAUCAUCAUCCUCGUCGGCUACAUCGUGUUCGACAGCUUCACCUCCAACUGGCAGGACAACCUGUUCAAGUACAAGAUGUCGUCGGUGCAGAUGAUGUUCGGGGUGAACAUGUUCUCCUGCCUCUUCACCGUGGGCUCGCUGCUCGAGCAGGGUGCCUUCUUUGACUCGCUGGCGUUCAUGAUGCGCCACUCCGAGUUUGCCUUUCACGCGGUGCUGCUGUCCGUCUGCUCGGCGUGCGGCCAGCUCUUCAUCUUCUACACCAUCAACCAGUUUGGCGCGGCCGUCUUCACCAUCAUCAUGACGCUGCGGCAGGCCUUCGCCAUCCUGCUCUCCUGCUUCCUGUACGGCCACGCCGUCACUAUAGUGGGGGGCCUCGGGAUCGCCGUCGUUUUCCUGGCGCUCUUCCUGCGGGUUUACGCUCGCAGCCGCAUGAAGUCGAGCCGGCGGCCCGCCGGGGCCACGCAGAAGGUGUAAACCGUGAACUCAACCACGUUUUCUGUGGUGCUAUUCGUCUGUUUGUGAGUAGCUUUUUUAACGGUUCUUUCUUUUUCCUCUUUUUUGUUUUUGUCGGUACGGAAAGGGAUUGACGCACUAAAAUACCCCCAAGGGGCUCUUGUGAUGUCAAAUCAUGAUUUUAAAUACAACUCAUCCAAAAGCAUUCAUUUUGUUUUUUUUUCCAUAAUAUGUGGUUUAAGUUUAUUUAGCUUGAAAACGAUUGUCGGGUAUUGAAAAGGGGUUACUACCUUUAAUGAUUUCAUAAUUGUUGUAUCAUCGACACUUUGGUGGAAAGCAUUCGGACCUGAUGAACAUACAUUUUUAUUUAUUGUAAAAAAAAGAAAAAAAAUGGGUCAACAAUUCAAAAAACAUAUAUAAGUACAUAAAUAAACCUUUUUGCCUUCAGUUUUUCUCAUUCUUUGCCACUUUUUCUUUUUUUUGUUCCUUUUUUCAUGUGAAUAUUUUGAAUAACACUGGACACAAUAAUGGAUGGUUAUCAGUUUAUUGUUGCUACUAUAAUAGACUGUCAGUCUAGAGGGGGAGACUGAGUCGUCGCAAAGGGAAAGCAAUAGAAACGGUGUCUUGUUUUCUAAAUCCUUCUCUAUGGCAACUGGAUUUAUAAUAAAAGCUGUCAAAUUUGCUGAAAAAA